CCCUCUCUCUCUCUCUCUCUCUCUCUCUCUCUCUCUCUCUCCACUUUUCUAAACCCUAAACCACUUUUCACAGGGAGGAGAGCUAGAGCAUGAGACCGGGGAUCGGGGGCGUCCCACCGCCGCCGCACCCGCUGCCACCUUCUCCGGCGGCGGCGGCGGAGGCCCACUCGCCGUGGCGAUCGCCGGUGCCGUACCUCUUCGGGGGGCUCGCGGCGAUGCUCAGCCUCAUCGCCUUCGCCCUCCUCAUCCUCGCCUGCUCCUACUGGAAACUCUCCGCCCACCUCGACCCCGACUCCGACGACCCCCGCCGCGGCGGCGGCGGCGCCGCCUCCUCCUCCUCCGGCGGGAAGGGCUCCGGCGGCGGCCCCACCGAGCCCCCGCCGGCGUUCGAGGAGCGCAUCGCCGUGAUCAUGGCCGGGAACCAGAACCCAACGCACCUCGCCACCCCCACCUUCAGGGGAGCGGUAACCGCACCGCCCCGUGACGGGACUCGCGAGGGAGAAGCAAAUGAGUAGUGAAGAGUUUUUAUCUUUUAUAUAUAUUUUUUUUAAAAAAAAUUAUUUUAACUUUUUUGGGGGGGGUUUAGGGUUUGGAUGGUGGAGAUGUUGUUAUUGUUUUGGACCGAAAUGUAAAUUUGUGAAAUUUUUGGGAUGAGGAAGGAGAGCGACAAGGCUUUGUUAAUUUAUUUCAUCAUAAUGCAGGGUGUGAAUUGAAAUUUUUUCCUCUUCUA